CGCCCGUUCCCCACAGCGGGGCGGGGGCGGCGCCUCCCGCCGUUCGCGGGCCGGCCUGAGCCGCCGGAGAAAGGCGGCACCGGCCCCGACCGCCCGCCAUCCUCCCGCCCGUCCAUCUGUCCGUCCGUCCGUCCAGAGUGCUGGAGUGUCCUGGAGGAUGGUGGUGCCCGGGAAUUCCCCGCUGAUCCAGCAGGACCCUGCUCUGGAGCCAGCCCUGGGCAGAGACGCCCCCGAGCACUCAGCCAUGGGCACAGAGCCCCCCCAGGACGUGGGCCCCGAGGUGCUGAAGCUGAGGGAGCUGGUCAGGAGGCUGGAGCUGGACAGCCAGCACAGCAGGAGCCUGCUGGGGACAGGGGACAUCCGUGCUGGGGUGGACAACCACGAGCCCGGCCUCAAGGAGAUCAACAGCAGCAUCAAGGCCAUGGCUGAGCAGCAGGAGCUGCAGCUGAUGGCAGAUCUGCACAGCCAGCUGAGCAAGAUGAGGCAGGAGGAAGGAGAGAACAGCUUCAAGAGAGCCCUGGAUGCAGCAGUGCAGUACAGCUGUGGCCCCCAGGAGGUGUCUCCCAGCGGGGAGCAGAGCCGCAGCAAUGGGUGCUGUCCCUCAGCUGUGCAUCCCAGUGCCAGCUCCGAGCUGCUGGGCAGCCUGCUGAUGGCAGGGAUCCACAGCCCAGCUGCCAUCCAUGAACACAGCCCCACUGAAAAGGGGGCAGAUCUCCAGGGCCUCCCCAGCCACGCAGGUCUGGAUGAAGUCAAAGUGUUGGAGCUGGAGAACUGCCCCGAGGAGGAGGAUUGCUGGCUCUAUGUGUCUCCAAGGAAAUCAGUGGAUGAGAAAACAGCCUCUCCUCUGAAAUGGUGCAGGCAGGUGCUGGACAACCCCAGCCCAGAGAUUGAGGCUGCCUGCAGAACCCUCAUCAACAGGCUGGACCAAGCCAGUAGAUGGAAAAACCUGUAUUGCAGCCCCCUGGCAUCUCCCAGCGCCCAUAACCUGAAUUCCGAGGCAGGCUCCUGUAGCAAUGCACUAAACUCUCCUGGGCACCUCAAAUCGACUAACAAAGCACUACUAACCUGUGGCAGCUCAGGGUACCUGAGCAUGCACUCGGCCCUGAGCUCCCAGUCCUCGGUGGACAGCGAGCUGAGCACCUCGGACGACUCCAUCUCCAUGGGCUACAAGCUGCAGGACCUCACUGAUGUCCAGGUCAUGGCCCGCCUGCAGGAAGAGAGUCUGCGGCAGGACUGCGCCUCCAGCUCGGCGUCGGCGUCGCGCCGCAGCUCCAGCGCCUCGCUGCACUCCCUGCGGCGCGGCGGCGCCUUCAGCGACCAGGAGCUGGACAGCUACAGCCUGGAGGACGAGGAAGAGUGCGAGUGCUCGCCCGCCCUGCGCGGCUGCCAGCGCUACUCGCCGUCCCCGCUCAGCUCCCCGCGCUGCCGCUCCCCCUCCGAGCCGGGCCGGGCGGCGGCCGCGCGGCUGCGGGCCCCGCGCAGGGCGGCGCCGGAGCGCCUGCAGGGCGCCGCCAGCGAGGAGGAGCUGAGGCACAGCAUGCCCAACCUGGCCCGCAGCAGCCUGCGCGCGCUCGAGGCCGUGCGCAGCAGCCGCAGCCUGGAGUGCGACCUGCAGCUGCCCGGCAGCCGCAUCCCCAGGACGCAGCAGCGGUCAGCAGGUCUGACUCCCAGCAAGCUCAGGUACUCCUCGGGAGCCCCGCUGGCAGCACGCCCGCCCUGCAAGGGAGCCACCACCUCCUCCCUGCUGCCUGGCAGGCAGCUGGGCAAGCCCUGCAGCCCUGCAGCUCCCCCAGGGCGCAGGGCACAGCUGCACACAGCCUCUGCCAGCAGCAGCUGCACCUCCAGGGCCAGCAGCGUGCUCACUGUGGCCAAGGGCUCGGCCCUGCGGGCGCGGCCGGCCGCGGCAGGAGCGGCCGUGCCCAGGGGAAAGGCAACCACCCCUUCCAGGAGGUUCCUCCAGGCAGCACAGACCCCCCAGGCCCCCGAGGAUGACUCCUGGAAGGAUGGGUGCUACUGAGACCCAGAACCCCUCUGUGGAGCAGAUCCCAGCUGGCUGGGCAUGAUGUCCCUGCAGACUCUGUACAUAUCCCACCCCUCACUGUGCUCUCCACAGCACUCACCUCCCUCUGCUCUGCCAGGAGCUGGGGCUGGGACACAGCUCCCACCCCUCACUGAACCCUGAGUCUUCCCAGGAAGACUGGAAAAGCCUUAUUUGAUCACAGCCCAGCUGCAGCCCUGGGGAAGGUGCCCCAUCCCCUCCCAGGGGUGUCCUCUCUGUGCCACAACUCUGAGCUGGUGCUGUGGCAGAGCUCGUGGUGAGUAGAAAUAGUGACCUAGGUGUUAGAUUUGAGACUUUUUAAACCCAACCUGAUGUACUCUAAUAUUUGUCUGGAAUUCAACUGGGUUUGGUUUGGUUUGUUUUUUUUUUACUUCUGUAUAGAAUGUAUUUCUGCUACUUUUUAUUGUUUGGUCUAGAGCUGCAGCAGGUUUUUAUAACUGUAGAACACUCUGAGCUGUUGUAUCCAGGUGUCAGCACAGGUCACAAGGAGCUGUACACAAUAUUUGUGUGGGGUGGGAACAGGCAGGGACAGGGAUGCCAGUUAAAAACUGCUGGGCACCAGCACCUUUUACCUCAGCUGAGUGAGUUCAACACCACCUCAGAGUCAACUUUUUACAAAUCACCUUCCCUGACAGCUGUGUCCUGAAGUGUUGGAGCUCUCAGCUGGUUCCCAACUGCCCUGAAUUUUGUAGAAAUUUUCUACUGUCUCUUAAGGAUUCUGUUCCAGUGUCCUUUUCCUCAGCAAGUGCUGGAUGCUCCAAAUACAGUCUUAGUCCAGGAAAUAUGCACUGAUAGCAAUGUUCUCCCUGCCAUCAAUGUGACUUUGAUAGUGUAGUUUAAUAAAAUGUUAUGGUGCUGAAAUAGAUCUGCUUUAUUCCAACAGUGAGUUUUGUCUGAGGCUUCUGACAGAAGAGAGCUCUGCAAGCCUCUCAUUUGCCAUUUUUCCAGCCUGAGCAGAGCAGCAGGAAGGUGCUGAGGUUGGCAUUCCCAGGGGUUUCCAUGCAAACCUGAUGCUGACAGGCACUUGGGAGAGGCUGUCCCACUGCAGGAGGGAGCUCAGCACCCCUGGGAGCUGUUAAUUUAAUUUUAUCCUUUCAUUUUUCUGAGCUCCCUUCAGCUCUCAGUGUUCUCCAUCAUGCCAAGCCCUGGCUGAUACCAUGGAAAUGCAGCUCUGCCUCAAACUGAGAUAACAAUCAACAGCUCCCAAGAGUUUCCAAGUCCAAGAGGAAAU